GUCUCGAUUUCGUCUUCUCAUCAACUCUGCUUACAACUGACUGACGAAGCGCGAUGCCGGACAAGUGGGCCGCCUCGUCCAACGAGGCACUCCGCGUGUCCCUCGUCUCCUCCGAAGGCACCUCGACUUUCCAUCCGACGUUCACCUAUCCCAUCUUUGGCGAAGAGGAGACAAUCUACGGGUACACGGACCUUGGCAUCUGCCUCUUUCUCGCCGCGGGCAGCCUCAAGCCCGCGCUCGUGGUCUCGUACGACGAGAAGAACACGAGCACGACGAUCAAAGUAGACGAUGUGCAGGAGACUCUGCUCGAAUUCCUUCCUGACCGGCAGGACUUUGUCAAGAUCAGCCAGACGUCGGGCGAGGCCAGGGAUGAGCAGGCCGAGGUCAAGCGGCUGCUCGCAGAGGACUGCAAGACCUUCCGACCGGUAGGAGAAAAAGUGACAACGUACGAGGCUGGGUCUUCGUCUGCCUCCAAGGGAAAGGGAAAGUCAAAGACGGGCCAAGGGCAGAAUUUUGAGAUCUUCCACUGCGAUUGGGACACACCUGGAUUCAAGGAGCUGCACCGGCGCAUGCAGAUCUUUGCCUUGCUCUUCAUCGAGGGCGCCUCGUAUAUCUCUGAGGAGGAGCACAACUGGGAGUUCUUUGUCGUCUACGAGCGUACCGAUGCGGGAGAGUACAAGUUUGUUGGCUACACGAGCCUGUACAAGUUCUGGUCCUACCCGUCUAACUCGCGCAUCCGGCUGAGCCAGUUCCUCGUGCUCCCCAUCUACCAGGGCCAGGGGCACGGCUCGAAGCUGUACGACACCGUGUAUGCAGCCAUCCAAGCGCGAGCUGGCGUGUCGGAGCUCACAGUCGAGGAUCCCUCAGAAGCAUUUGACCAUCUCCGCGACCGGUCCGACCUGACGCGCCUCUUCUCGACCGACUCGUCGGGCGACGGCUUCCUGAGACGGGCAAAGGAAGCCAAGAAGGGUGGUGCGCUCCGCGCCCCCGUCGACAAGGCAUGGAGCGAGACGGAGAGACUGCGGCACAAGAUUGCACCGCGGCAGUGGGCCCGCCUCGUCGAAAUGUGCAUGCUGACGAUGCUCGACGAGGCCGACGUGGAGCAGUGCAGGCAGUUCCGGCUGCAGGUCAAGGCGAGGCUGUAUCGUUUCAAUAGAGAUGUGCUCAAGCAAAUGGAGCAGCACGAGCGCGUGACAAAGCUCCAGGAGACGUACGAGAGCGUCCUCGACGAGUACGCUGCCCUCACAGGUACAGACGUCGACGGCAUCAUUGAGGCGGGCCUCGACAGCGCGGCUACGGCAGGCGUGCUCAACGGCGGUGCCGGCAGCGGCGGCGGGAGCGGUAGCAGCAGCAGCAUAAAGAAGGCCCGCUUUGCAUAGCACUAUAUGCUUUUGAUAAACGUAUGAAAUUGUAGCGAUAGACUUGAGAGAGAACAUGC